UGUGUGAGUGAGUAGUAAGUGACGAGCGAUGACGUCAGACGCAGAUGGAAAAAGGGAACCGUCAGAAUGGCUGCCCAGUGCCGGAGCCCUCGGUGCACCUCGGAGAGGAAGGGAUUCCGGCGGGAACUCGACUCGUGGCGGCACCGGCUCAUCCACUGUGUAGGAUUCGAGAGCAUUCUAGAAGGGCUGUAUGGACCAGGAUUACGUAGAGACCUCAGUUUAUUUGAUGACUGUGAACCAGAAGAACUGGUUGAUUGGUGUGUGGAUGAGAAAUGCUCAUUAUGUAGCCUUCACAAGGAGACAGUUGACUGCACACCAUCAGCUGGUUCAGCACAGUCCACACCUACAGGGGAAGUGAUAACUCAGGGCCAGUUCAACACAGAGAAAAUUGAAUGCCAAGCUGAAAAUUACCUAAAUGCACUCUUUCAGAAGAAAGAUCUUCCUCGGAACUGUGAUCCCAACAUUCCACUUGUAGCUCAGGAAUUAAUGAAGAAAAUGAUACGUCAGUUUGCAAUUGAAUAUGUUUCAAAAAGCCGAAAAAUGUAUCCAGACAAUGGAAAAAUGGUUGAUUCUCCAUUUGGCUGUAAUGGUAUCCAGCUAAACCAAACCGAAAAACUUCAGGAAGAUCAGGACAGUCCUUUAGACCUCACAGUGACACGAAUUCAGGGGGAUUCUUUUCAGGAUGAAGAUGGGGUUUUGGAUCUCUCUGUAAAAAGUAAUGGCACUAGACUUGAAGAAAGCUCCAGAAUCAAAAAUCUUAAACUUGAGAGACUUCAGAGAGAGAGAGAGGACUAUUUGGACCGAAGUCCUGAGUUUGCAGACGGUUUGCUUUCAAAAGCAUUGAAGGAUAUUCAACUGGGAACACUGGAUAUCAACAAAGCAGCCAUACUUUAUGGCAUACCUCAAAAAACUUUAUUACUUCACUUAAAAGCCUUAUCAGCAGGCAAGCCUGCAAAUUUUAAAAACACUCAAAAUUGUAACGAUGGGUAUUUGUACAAAGACAGCACCGAGACGUGUGCUGUUUUUCAAAAAGUCGCCCUGUGGGCAAAGGCUCAGGCCGAGCAUACAGAAAAAAGUAAACUUAGUCUACUUGAAACUGCGGAACUGAAACUCCCAACCGCUUCCAGUUACCUCCAUCAGUUAACUCUACAGAGAAUGGUUGCUCAAUUCAAAGAAAAAAAGGAAGUUUUGCAUUGUGAAUCUUCAGUUCCCACUGUACAGUUAAAAAUUCCUCAGGUACGAGUGAGCUCUGUGCCCAAACCACAGCCUGACCCCUCUGGUCUUCUGGAUGUGAUGUAUCAGGUUACUAAAACCUCGGGAGUUAUGGAAAAUUCAUCUCUACAAAAACUUAAAAACAUUCUUCCCAAGCAAAACAAAGUUGAAUGUUCGGGAAAUCUAACACGUUCCAACGUCGAUUCCUAUGUUCAUGGAGACCUUUCUCCUUUGUGUCUUAAUAACAAGAAUGGAGUUGGCGACACAUCUUCUGACAACCCAGAUGAUGACCGGAAAGACAAACAGCCAAGGAAAAAACGGGGUAGAUACAGACAAUAUAAUCAUGAAAUUAUGGAAGAAGCUAUAGCCAUGGUAAUGGGUGGGAAAAUGAGUGUUUCUAAAGCACAAGGAAUUUAUGGUGUACCUCACAGCACUUUAGAAUACAAAGUCAAAGAACGGUCUGGAACACUGAAGAACCCUCCGAAAAAAAAGCUUCGACUGGAAGACCCUAAUUUGUACAAUGUUGUUAAUUCAGGGACUGGUAACUCCAGAAACAGUAGCACGUCUAUGUAGAUGUAAUUUAAAAAUGUUGACUACUAUAAUCCGUGUGUAUUGUUACACACUUCUACUGUACACGCAAGUGAGUGUGACCUAACAUACUCUGCCGAAACGAUACAGUUCUUAACCACAUUCAUGCCUUUAAAAUAGAUUAUUCAGGGUUUUCACUGUGGACUAAUUUUUUUUGUUGCACACUUACUACUGAUACUAUGUAUUAAGCAUUUGUUUUGCUUAAAUAGGUAAAAAAUCAGGUUUUAUAGGUCAUAGUUAACAGCAGAAAACAAACUAUGAUUAACACUACUUACUACAGUACCAAGGUUUAAAUCACAACUUCCACUCCUUAACUUUUGACAGUGGUAGGACGUUUCGUAUUCUAGCUAUCGUUUUUUCUACUCCAUUGUUUUAAAAUCCCUCUGGAUCACCUAUAUGACAAGAGCUUGUGUGGAAGCGUGCAGUAUUAUUUCAAUGCAGAAUAAGUGUCCUAUCUUUUAGUAUCCACACAUACUAAGAUUUAAAGAGGUUUGGUAGAACACAUUAAUUCAAGUGUAUAAUACUAAUUAAAUGUUGUAAAAUACUGCAUUUUAAUUACAUCCUUUAUCAAUGGGAUGGACAGUUAACAAAACAAAAAAAAAAUCUAUUUCAGUAGUUGUAGAAAGUCACUGUUAAAGGGACUUUAAAUAAACUAUAAAACACAAAAUAUUUAACUUUAUGAAAAUUUAUGAAACUUUUUUUUUUUUUUUUAAAAGGAACUAUGUUAAGACAUUUGGAAUGCAGGUUAGAGCAUGCUCAUAUUGUGCACAAGAUAAGCUUAAAACUUGGGUAAUUUUCCCCCCUCAAGUGUUGUCAUACUCAUGCAAUCAAUGAACCUCAAUGUAACUGUUUAUGUAUUUGCUGCUGACAUAGUUCAGAAACCAUUUCAUUAUGGUUAAAGUUGAAUUUCCCCAGACCAAUUUUAACUUUUUUGCUAAUGACCAAACCUGCAAAUUGUUCAGGGUUUUGAAUAUUCAAAACCCCCUUAGACUGAGUUUUUUUUUUUUAUGUUGUAGGAUGUAGGUUUGUUUUCUAAUUGGUAAUCUACCAUCACAGAACACUCCAUUGUUGUGGGUUGCAAGGCAUUACACUGUUUCUUACCUCUGAAAUUCAGACUAUUUUCAUACAUCAAAUUUUUAUUGCCGUAGCUUCUUGGGAAAAUUGAAAACUACUAUGAGCAAACAUUAUUUUGCACGUAUGCACUUAAAUUUAGUUUUGUACAGUUUUACAUGCAUGGGUUUUGAUUACUUAAGACCUUCUACAGCUAAAUGUUUUAUUUUUUUGCAAAAAGCGAUCGAUCUCAUGCACCAAUGUAACUCUGUUUUGAUUUAAAUGUUUUAAAAUACAUAAAAAUGUCUUACACAGUUCAGGUAAUAUCAACUUCCUCAACCUUUGCUGUGAAUAAAAUAUCUAAGGUAACCAGACAACCUCUAAGUAGAAUUAAAUAAUAAAAAAAACACAACAGAAUUCCUACUAUCAGGGACAGUCUUUUAGUAACAGCCGUCACUAAUUUUAUACCCGUACAGUUUGUAGUAUUUAUUUUUAACUUCAUAUGGAUAUUUUAUCUGUUUUAUGCAUUGGUGGUAUAACACACAACUUUAAAACACAUUUGUCUAUAUUUCAAGUCCGUCACAUUCAAGUACUUUUUUAUGUAUAAUUUAAUCGAUGCCUUUUAGGUAAAACAAUCAAAUGUAUUGCUCACUGCGUUACACAACCGAAGGUAGAGGUAAAACCUUUAUUUUAUUUUUGGCCUGUUUGAAUGUUCUCAAGAUCUUUUUAUAAUGAAAAAGAAAGAAGAAAAAAAAAAGCUGUGCCUCCUGUUUUUAAGACUACUGAUCGGUAAAAUUGUUUAAACCAUUUCUUGCAGUUUCUGACUAUUUUAUAUUGCAUUGUAAAUUAACCUACCGAAGAUGAUUAGCCGUUUACAGUAAUAUUCCAGUUUGUGUAUUUUUUUAUUUACAGACUUUCCAUUGUCACUUCCAUUUCCAGUAAUUUGGUAUAACUGCAGUGUGUAGCUGGCUUGACUUUCAAAAUAUUUUGUUAACUAUAUAAACUUAGGCAGUGAGUUCUAUUUAUGCAUAAAUCAAUUGCACUAUAAUUCAUGAAUUAUUUAUUACAAUAUUUUCUAAUGAAUUUCCUGUAUCUUGUCACGUGAUGUUAAUGUACUGUAAUUCUGUUUUUCUUUGUGUUUAUCAACCUAAACCUGAUUGUAUGGAAUUGUUUGGUUAAUGUAUUAAGUUAUAAUUUAUUAUAAAGCACUUCACUGCUUUUCCACAUACAUUUAAAAAGAGAAUGAUUAUUGAGCUAAUCUAAGUUAAGUUAAUGGUUAUUCAUCACAUUCUAAAGAAAAAUCUUGCAUUUAUAUCUUGCUAAGGGUUUUUUUUUUAUAUUGUGCAUAGUUUAACUUUUUGUCAUAUUUGUGGUUAUUGCCAAUUUCAAUGUACAGAUGUAGAAGAACGUUUCUCAACUUGUUGCAUUUGUAUCCAGUAUAUACUGUCAUGUACGGGUAGAGAAACCUGUUCUUACCUAUCCUCAAUCUAGACCAAUAACACAGCACUGUGCUCAUUACUGAGUACUUUUCCUCUGACCUCAGCAUUGUAUAUUAUUAAAUACAGAAUUUUUCAUUUUA